UUGUAACCACAGAAGAGAACUCAUUCGAGGACGCGUGCCCUGCCUCUCUUCACGGCCAAGCCUACUUCCUGGUGGAUGAGGCUGCGCCUGUGUGCGUGCUCGUAAAAGAAUAUGGGAAGCACGGUGAUGGAGUCUGGCAAGGAUAGCUCAAAGAAAAUGCCAAAGAGGAAACGAAGUCUGCGGAUAAACAUGCCAGACUUUGGUGCGUUUACUUCCCCACAAGUGGACACGAGCGGCUCAACCAAAAGUGGCACUCAGACGGGAGAGCGUCGCAUCCGUUCGGCCAGCCCCACCAAAGGGAUGUCUGCGAGGAGCCCGGCCAGCGCCACUUCGCCCCCAUGUUCUCAGUCUGCUCCGGUGCAGUUCAGGGCCGGCUCAGGCUCCCCAAGAACUAUCUUCCCCUAUCCCUCCCAUCAGGACUCCCCACCCAAGUCCCCCCGCCGACUGAGCUUCAGUGGUAUCUUCCGCUCCUCAUCCAGCUCCACACCUGCAAGCAUCAAAAUCUUCUCCAGAACCAGGAGAGCCUCUGGACUCUCCACACCACCCACCACCCCAACCCAGGCCUGCAGCCAACCUGUGUUCACCCAGGAGGCCCAGCCGAGCGGGCCGAGCCCUGAACGCCCGGAGGCGAGCGCCCGAUCCCGCUCGAUCUCCAUGCCUCCAGACACAGGGCAGCGCCUUAGCCUUCCCUCUGCUAGACCCCCCAUCCCUUCCUCGAGCCCCGUGCCAUCCUACUCUACCUCGCAACAAGUCUACGGGUUAUUCGAAGGCAUGCUGGAGAAACUUGAACUAGAUGAUGAUGCUGCUGAACCGGAGAGUGAUAUUUACAUGCGUUUCAUGAAAUCCCACAAGUGCUACGACAUCGUCCCCACAAGCUCCAAGCUGGUUGUGUUCGACACGGCCCUUCAAGUGAAGAAGGCGUUCUUUGCCUUGGUAGCCAACGGUGUGCGAGCUGCUCCACUAUGGGACACAGAGAAGCAAAGCUUUGUGGGAAUGCUGACAAUCACAGAUUUCAUCAUCAUACUACACCGAUACUAUAAGUCACCAAUGGUGCAAAUCUAUGAAUUAGAGGAACAUAAGCUUGAGACGUGGAGAGAGGUUUACCUUCAGGCAACAUUCAAACCUCUGGUCAACAUAUCACCUGACGCAAGCCUAUUCGAUGCAGUGUACACACUCAUCAAAAACAAAAUUCACCGCCUGCCUGUCAUCGACCCCGUCACGGGGAAUGCACUUUAUAUUCUCACACACAAGAGGAUCCUCAAGUUCCUCCAGCUUUUUAUGUGUGAAAUGCCAAAGCCAGCUUUCAUGAAGCAGACUCUCGGGGAGCUGGGCAUUGGUUCGUACCACGACAUCGCUUUCAUCCACCCGAACACGCCCAUCAUCAAAGCACUCAACAUUUUUGUGGAGAGACGAGUGUCCGCCCUGCCUGUGGUGGAUGAGUCGGGCAAAGUUGUGGAUAUUUACUCCAAGUUUGACGUGAUUAACUUGGCUGCUGAGAAGACCUACAACAACCUGGACAUCACGGUGACGCAGGCUCUCAAACAUCGCUCCCAGUACUUCGAAGGAGUCAUGAAGUGCCAUAAAAUGGAAACAAUGGAGACCAUAGUGGACAGAAUUGUCAAAGCUGAAGUGCAUCGGUUGGUGGUGGUGGACGAGCGCUCCAGCAUCGAGGGCAUCGUCUCCCUGUCCGACAUCCUCCAGGCCCUGGUGCUCAGCCCUGCAGAUGCCUGUAAGGAGGAGACCCUGACUGAGUGAGAGGGAGGAAGCGUCAGCUGGAGAGGAGACUUGGUGGGAGUUAAUACGUUUGGUGGUUGAGGCAGGGGGAGUGAGGCUGAGCAGAGCCAGCCUGAAGAUCCCAGAGUUCCCUGCAACGGAUGCACUAUAGAGGCUUGGAAACCAAA